UCUUUAGUUUGCUUACACAAAAUUGUGGAGUUAGUGCCCAGACGACCAUGGAAGUUUUAGAGGAGUCGGGGUUAGAGCCUCAUAUAAAGGCAGACCCUUUCCUACCACAGACGUGCGAUCUGCUGUUCUCUACUGUCAAUAACUCAAAUUCAUAUAAUCCAUCUGUCAUCGUUUUACCGCAGCCAAGUGAUUUUGUUGAAUUAUUAAGUGAAAGACUUCAUCGUCUUGACUCUGACUCUCUUGAAUUCAGCAUAUGUGAGAAACUGUCAGGCGGCUUUUGCCCAGUUGACAUUUCUCCGCUUGAUACAAAACUUUUCUUGGACUCUGGGGCUGAGAGCGAUGACUCAGGAUUUAACAGUUUCACAAAUGUCAGCCUCUUCUCUGGUAGGAGGGGAAUUUUGGACGAUGAUGAUAUUUUGGAUAAUACUUUAUAUAAUAUGGAUGUAAAUAGUAAUGGAUUGGACAAUGAUGUUUUGGGUGAGGAUGAAGAUGGUGAUGAAACUUUUGAAGGUGAUUCUUCAUCAGAGAGUGGUGAUGAUAACACUGACAGUAGUAAUGACAGUAGUAGUGAGGAAAUGUCAGAUGAUGACGAUGAUGGAGUAGACGCAUGCGAGCAGUCCCAGGAUGGACGGGGAAGAGAAAUGGCAGCAGAAGCUUUGCUCAGCAUGGACUCGCCCAGUACAGGGGUGGAGGCCAGAACUUUUUUACAAGGCAUCCUACACGAACAGCAUUCCCAACACAGUCACCAUGCCUCACUUCCCCCAAGUCCAGACAGUGGUUUAGACAGUGAACUGGACACCAGCUCUAUAGAUGACCUCAAACACAGGCACCAAGGCACCAAAAUGCCCGGAUCUUUUGUGCCUUCCUUUUGUCAGCCACCUCCUGCCCACCAGCCUCUUCCAGCACAUUUCAACACAGCUACUCACAUUGCCAUGAGGCCAGAUCAUUAUGAAAACAGUCCAGUACUUACCUCCCUUACCCCAGUUCAGCCAAGCAUGGAAGCUUCCAACUACAGUCACCAUCAAAACUCAAAAGGCAGUAGCAAAAUGACAGCGUCACUGGAGGCCACACCCACAACAGACAAGCCCAAGACAAAAAAAGGUCGGAAGCCCAAAUAUCCAGAUUAUCCUUACAGUUCACCCCCAAAAAGGAAAAGAGAAGGUAAUGCUCAAUAUCUGUGGGAAUUUCUGCUACAGCUUCUACAGAAUCAUGAAACUUGUCCACACUACAUAAAAUGGACCAAUCGAGAGAAAGGUAUUUUCAAGUUGGUAGAUUCCAAGGCAGUCUCCAAGUUGUGGGGUCAGCACAAAAAUAAACCAGAUAUGAAUUAUGAGACAAUGGGACGUGCUUUGAGGUAUUAUUAUGCUCGAGGUAUUCUUAACAAGGUGGACGGACAAAGAUUAGUGUACCAGUUUGCAGAUGUUCCAAAGAAUAUUGUUGAAAUAGACUGCUCAGGUGUAUAGUGUUAGAUGAUAUGGGGGAGGGGGGUAUUGGGCUCAUUUGGCAGCAUUCUGUGAUGUUAUAUAUAUUACUGGGCAUAAUGUAGACAAGUUGCUCCAAGUCUUAUCUCAAGGGAUUGAACUCAAGUUGUCCUAUAUGUUUUUCAUAUCAAACACACAAGUCUUCAAAGCAGUCAUGGAUAACCAAUCAUUUGGCAGUAAAAGAAUCUUUUUUUUUUUCAUGAUUUAUAGAAAUAUCUCCACUACUUUAGACUCUUUAAGAAUAAUCUUGUUUGUUUUGUUGUGUUUGUACAGGAGGGACAUUAUCUGAAGCUAUUUGUUCAGUGUGUUCUGAUGACCAUUGAAUUUGCAUAUUCUACUUGACUUUCCCAGUAUUUGGGGGGAGUGUCACCAUGUGCCAACUGCUGAGUGGGCUACAAUCAAGUCUGUAGUAGGAUCUUUAGCUUGUAAUAUUUGCAUGACAAUGGAAUGCAUUGGAGUGAUUGACUUUAAGUAUCUGGUCAGUAAAAUGUUGUUACACAAUGACACAAUUAUUUGUAAGGAAAAAAAGACUUCAACAAUUCUGUGAAGUUAUUCACCAAUUGAAACAAAAAAUUGUAUGUACUCAAUCCAAAGGCUAUUAGACUGGUGGGAUUUCUUGUUGCCAUACUUGUGAUAUUAACUUGAUUCCACUUGUAUUUUGUCUGUGAAAUGGAUUUCAUUGUCUUAUUGCCUCGUGUGUUGUACCCACUGGACACUAAGAGGUCUUUAGUGCUGGAAUAUGACUAUUUAAUAGCAUUAGGAAAAAUAAACAUAGUUGUAAGUGUAAUGAGACCAUUUUAAUUUUAUGUAAGAAUAUUUUAACAUGUACAUUUUAUUCUUAGUGCAUUAAAAAAAUCAACAAAUUUUUAUAAGUAAAAAAUUUGACAAUGUCAGAAAUUACUUUCAAGAAACUAUGUUUUUAAAUCUAGAUUUAUAUUCAACAAAAAGCUAGAACAGUUUUGGUUUGUGAGAAAUCUAGCAGCUGAGUGUAUGCAUGUGUAGAAUGGAGUUCCCUUGAUAUUCUUAUUUGUUCAUAUGUAUAAAGGAUGACUUUUGGUUUCUAUGGACUUCAUUGGUCAAGCUGUGUUGGAAGCUACAAUUAAUCUCAUGUGUUAAUGUUUGCUCUACAUGUACAUAAUAUCCUGUUGUGUAUUCCCAUUCAGCAUAUUACUAUGCCUACAAUAUAGUCAAAUCUAAACAUUUUUCAUAGAAAUGUCAAAUUUCCAUUCAAAGCUUGCCAUAAAUAACUGAAUAUAACACAUCAUCCAUUUUCUCUCUUGAGGUGCAUUUAUUAGCUUUUUUCACAACCAAGUAUUUGUUUUGUUUUUUUUUUUUUGUUCAUUUGCUUUUAUGUUGUUGGUUUUUUUUUUUUUUUUUUUGGGGGGGGGGGGGGGCAUUGUUCUGAUAAACAUAAACUGUUCAUUUAACAAAUGUUUAGGUUAAACAUACAAACAUGUAACUAAAUCUAUUAUGAGUUUAUCCAAUAUACAAAGGACCUUUUUUUUCUUUUGGUUUCAUUAUUAUAGGAAAAUAAGUGAGAUUCAGUUCAUUUUUUUUUUCCUUUCCACUUGGUAUUACUACAGGCUUAAGACCAAGUUGUGUCUAGUUUGAUUAGAACCUUAGAUCUAGAAUUCCAUUUGAUUGAUUUCUAUCUUGUUUAGUUACUGAAGUAUUUAAAGCAUGUCUAAGUCUAGAUAGCAUUGGGCUACUAUACUUGUUCCAAUGCUGUUUUAUCUUGUUCUCAAGUUGAGCAUUCCAUAUCAAGAUAGUAUCAUAUCAGGAGAUCUUGUUCAGAUGGUUGCAACACUUUCUUUUAAUAUGAUGUAAUCAUUUUGUUUUCAUGUUUUGUUCUGCAUAAUUCUUGCUUCUAAAAAUACAUUUGAGCCGACAUAAUUAUUAUUUGCUAAACCUGGCCUAUAUAAAUGGUUAAAGCUGUAUCUGCUCUCAAUGUCUUUGAAACAGUAGUUUUUAUUCUUUAAUAAGAUGUGUACAAUGGUAGUAUCUAUACACAUGAAUUUGAAAUCAACAUAGUGGUACAGUCACAGUAAUGAGUUUACUGCCAGUGUAUUACAAAGUGUUUCCAGUAAAAGACCUAUUUAAUGUUUGAUUUGUUCCUGUGACACUAAUAUUUCUGGUGGCAGUUGGUGAUGUGUGUGUGUACUGUGUCCACCUGCUCAUCUUGUGUUGUGUACUGCUUCAAUGUAUAUAGCUUUCAUGGUGUGUCAGUUUUUCAACUAGCAGCUGGCCUGAAAGGACAUGGUCAUUGUUGAAUAGAUAGAUCUAGAAAUGGAUUCAGAAAACUGUUACAUUCUCACUUUGUUGUGUGCCUUAAAGUGUGAUGGAAAGAAUAUCUACCAAAUUUCUUGAUUAACUUGUUGGCCUUAUUGUAAUUAGUUGAAAACAUUUGUAUUUUUUACAUUUUUUUGUUUGCCUUGUAUCAUGCAUUGCAAUGCUCUUUUAUUCUGAAUUUGAAGUCAAAAUGUUUUUUCUUUGUUUUAUUCAAAAACAGAAAGAUUGUUGAAUGUAUUUGUUGCCAUUGCCAGCAGAGAAUUAUAUUUUUAAAAACUAUCCCCAUGUUUAGUGUUCUAUUUAAGUUAUGCCUUUUUUUCUUUUGUCUCCUUUAUUUUUUUUUUUUAAUAUUUCAAAUCAAAUGCUUUUGUAUUCAAGUGAAGAAUUCACUAACUUAUCAUGACAAAAGCAUUCCUUGAGUCAAAUGUGUUGACUAGAGAGAGAUCUUAGUGUACACUUUGAGUUAAUAUGUUCAUUCCAAAAGUUUGUAAUGUCCCUUGUACAGUUUGGCUGUCAGUCUUUCAUGGACAGGCUUCAUCUCCAACAAUAGAUUGUUCAUUAAAAAUAGUUCAAACAUAA